AUGGAAAGAGACACUGUCGAACCAGAUUCGCCAUCAGUGACAUCAUCAAGUAUUCAGAGUACUGAAGGUUCAGACUGUACCAGACCAGUUCGUAUCAGUAUACCUGUUUAUAAAGGAAAUGAUUAUGAUGUUUCUCCUAUCAAUUUAGAUGAAUAUUGUGGUCAUUGGGUAUGUAGUAGCUGUACAAUAUGGGGCUAUAUUUUCUGUUAUAACAGAAUGAGUAGAUAUAAAAGGAUAGAAAUACUAUGGGUUUGGAUAUUGUUGGUUUCGCUCAGUAUUGGUAUGGGUGUUGGAGUAGGUGUUUACGGAGUUAACAAAUUCUCUUCAGCACCAACAGAUAUGGAAAUCAUCACUGAAAAAUACUCCACUUUAUUUUGUGAGAAACUGGUUUUAAAGUCGGAUGAAAAGUUUGAUGCCUAUCGUUUUGCAGGAGAUCUACCCAUUAAUAGAUCUCGCGCCGAGUUAUUUAAGAAGGAAUAUUCAAGCUAUGUUGAACACGGUGAUAUCAAAUAUUAUCAUUAUUAUUUAUUACAAUGGUCUCAAGUUCAAAUCGUAAGUUGUACACAUCAAUUGAUGGACUUUUAUGUUCUAGCCGGAGAGCACAACUUUAAGAGAUGGAAGUCAAAUCCAGAUUGCUUGUCGUGUUAUAUUUAUAAGAUGGCUGUCAAAAUUAAUGGCUGUUUCUUAGAUUAUGAUAAGUUUACUUUGACCGUUUCCGAAACUGACACUUAUUACUUUGUAUUUAUUAACAGAAAUGUAAGUGCAUGGCUUACAACUAAAAUUCAUAUCAAUCGCUACCUUUAUGACGUAAACAAAGCCUCAAAAUUAUGUUCAAAUACAAGACAUUGUCAUAUUCGGGUCGAUUUCGCGUCUUCAGAACAAGUGGCUUAUCAUCUUAAACCAUUCAUGGAUUCUAGUGACACUGUUAUAACAAGUACUUGUAAAGCAAGGUUAGUGUUUUAUGUAAUUAUAUUUGCUGCAAUGCCAGGAUGUCUUGGACUUAUUCUCACGAUCAUAGUAUUCUUUACAUGUAAGGAUCCUGUUAAUAAAGUUCAAAGAAGGAAUCGUAGCAGACCUACAUUUUCUAUUGCUGAUGGGGAAACCACACCUCUUAUUGGUAGUAGAUCACCAUCACCAACAUACAUGGGGAAUAAUGUUAGUUGCUCAUAUCCACCGACGUAUGAAGAAGCUACAAGUUAA